AUGGGAAGAUACCGUCGAACCGUUUCGUUUCCUAAUCAGCCGACCCCAAACACCCGGCCAAGUGGGCCCUCUCCCAAGUCUUACCAUGUGCGAUCUGCCUCAUUACCAUGUGGCCGACCGCACCCAUUGAUCCCGCAGCUCCGUGAAGAGGUUACGGAGCUUUGGGUUUGGGAGCGGGCUCAGACCGGGCCUGGAUCACGAUUUGUUGUUGAUGGGUUGAGUCGUUUGAAGGGUGUUUUAGAUUCACUUGACGAUGUCCUCCAGCUGCCUUUGACUCAAGAUUCUCUUUCCUCCAAAACCAACCUCGUUGAGAAACUUCUUGAAGAAUUUCUCCGGUUCGUGGACGCCUAUGGAAUCUUUCAGGCUUCCCUGUUGGGUCUUAAAGAGGAGGUUUCCGCGGCCCAAGUUGCGGUCCGUAGGAAGGAUGACUCAAACUUGUCUCUUUUUAUCAAGUCCCAAAAGAAGAUUGCUGGUGACGUAGGCAAGCUUAUAUCCUCCGUCACAUCAUCCACCCUCGAACCGCCGUCGGCGUCAACUACGACCAUCGUGUCCGAUUACGACGACGAGCUUGGACAUGUAAUUAGAGACGUCCACAAAGCUAUAGCCUCGGUUUCCGAGGCGGUGUUUGAUUCCGUGUCGGGCUCUUUUGGGCCUUGCCGAAAGCCCAUUUGGGCCAGUUUUGGGAUUGGAAGGAAAAUAAUUAAAAAGGAAGAACAAGGGAUGAUCGAAGAGUUCCAAAGCAUGAUAAAAGAAGUGGAAAACUUGUUAGAGUUGAUAAAGAAUUGUAAGGAUGAGAAAAAGAAAAGGAAUAAUAAAAACAAUGAUGAAGAACUAACGAGAAUGAGAGUUUUAAAGGGAAUGCAAGAGUUGGAAGAUUGUAUUGGAAACAUGGAAAAAGGAAGUGAAAGAGUGUUUAGGAGUUUAAUAAGCACAAGAGUUUCUCUCCUAAACAUCCUAACUCAUGCAUAG